CGACAACACAUCCUCGCCGUUUCCAUGACAACCUCCUCCAGUUGACUGGACGUCGGGAUGCUGCAUGCUAUGCUACGCUGUGCACACACCAUGGUGUAAGGAGACCUCCUUUGUUCCGUUCAGUAAAAACGACCCAAAACUGACAAAUGGACCGUGGCUUGAAGCGCCGGCAGGUGAAGCCCCUCGCCGCCUCCCUGUUGGAGGCCUUGGAUUAUGACAGCUCGGAUGACAGUGACUUUGAAGUGGGCGAUGCCUCAGCUUCAGACGUCACGGGCAUCGGGAGCGACGACGAGGGCUCCAGAGGCAGCGCGGCGGGCUCCGACAGCGACUCGGACCACGCCGCGUCGGCCCGCCGCGGCGUGGAGGAGGCCGGGAAGGAGCCGGUCACCUCGGACUGCGUGAUCGUGGAGGAGGAGAAGGGAAGGCCCUCCUCGGACGGCUCCGGCAAAGAACCCGCCGCCGCCAUGGCCGCCAAGGGCCGGCGCAAGAGCAGGAGGAGCUCGGACACGGAGGCGGCGGCGGGCAGCGGCGGCGAGGGCUCGGGGUCGGGCUCGGGGACCGGGGACGCGGACGGCAGCGCCGAGGCCGGGGCCGCCGCCGCCGCCGCCGCCGCCGAACCCAAGAAGUGGAACUUCCGCCGCAACCGGCCGCUGCUGGACUUCACCACCAUGGAGGACCUGAACGAAAUGGACGACUACGACAGCGAGGACGACAACGACUGGCGGCCGGCGGCGGGCAAGAAGAAGAACAAGGCGGCGGCGCAGAAAGGCCUCGGCGGCACUGAGGGAGAGGAGGGGGGGAGCGGGACAGACGACGACGAUGACGACGACGGGGACAAUGACGACGACGAUGAUGACGAAGACGGGGAUAACGAUGACGACGACGACAAGGAUGAGGACAAGGAGGGCAACAGCAGCAGCAGCGACAGCGACAAGGAGAUGAGCAAACCCAAGAAGAAGGCCAAGAACAACAGCUCCUUUGACGACGAGCUGACCAAUGACAGCACGUCCCAAGAAAAAGGCAACAAGGAUCCCUCGCUGGAGCUGGCCCAGACCUGGAGCGCCCAGCGGAUGGAGCACAUCCUGAUCUGCUGCGUGUGUCUGGGGGACAACAGCGAGGACGCCGACGAGAUCAUCCAGUGUGACAACUGUGGCGUGACGGUGCACGAAGGUUGCUAUGGCGUCGACGGGGAGAGCGACUCCAUCAUGAGCUCAGCCUCAGAGAACUCAACAGAACCCUGGUUCUGUGACGCCUGCAAGAACGGGGUGACCCCCAGCUGUGAGCUCUGCCCCAAUCAGGACGGGAUAUUCAAAGAGACGGACGCUGGGAGAUGGGUGCAUGUGGUCUGCGCCCUCUACGUUCCGGGGGUGGCGUUUGGGGACAUUGAUAAGCUGAGGCCAGUCACUCUGACAGAGAUGAACUAUUCAAAAUACGGGGCCAAGGAGUGCAGCUUCUGUGAGGACGCCCGCUUUGCCCGGACGGGCGUGUGCAUCAGCUGUGACGCAGGCAUGUGCCGGUCCUACUUCCACGUCACCUGUGCUCAGAGGGAGGGGCUCCUGUCGGAGGCGGCCGCAGAGGAGGACAUCGCCGACCCGUUCUUCGCCUACUGCAAGCAGCACGCCGACCGCUUCGACAGGAAGUGGAAGCGGAAGAACUACCUAGCGCUGCAGUCCUACUGCAAAGUGUCCCUGCAGGAGAGGGAGAAGCAGCUGGCCCCUGAAGCCCAGGCCCGCAUCACCACGCGGCUGCAGCAGUACCGGGCCAAGGCGGAGCUGUCGCGCAACACCCGGCCGCAGGCCUGGGUGCCAAGGGAGAAGCUGCCGCGACCCCUGACCUCCAGCGCCUCGGCCAUCCGGAAGCUGAUGAGGAAGGCGGAGCUGAUGGGCAUCAGCACGGACAUCUUCCCCGUGGACACGGCCGACACCAACGCCAGCAUGGACGGCCGGCGCAAGCACAAGCAGCCGGCGCUCACCGCCGACUUCGUCAACUACUACCUGGAGAGGAACAUGCGCAUGAUCCAGAUCCAGGACAACAUCUCGGAGCAGAAGAGCCUGAAGGAUAAGCUGGAGAGCGAGCAGGAGAAGCUGCAUGUGGAGUACAACAAGCUCUGCGAGUCUCUGGAGGAGCUGCUGAAUGUCAAUGGAGAGCUGCGGAGCCAAGGCCAGACGGUGUGGACGCUGCUGGGGAACAUUCUGGGCCAGAAGCUGAACGCCCCGGCUAUUCUGAAAGCCCCUAAAGAGAGGAAGCCCAACAAGAAGGAAGGCGGGGGGGCCCCCGGGAAGUCCUCCAGCCUCCCGGCCAUCCUCUACAGUUGUGGGAUCUGUAAGAAGAACCAGGACCAGCACCUGCUGCUGCUGUGUGAUACCUGUAAGCUCUACUAUCACCUGGGCUGCCUGGAACCCCCGCUCACACGCAUGCCCAAGAAGACCAAGAACAGCUACUGGCAGUGCUCCGAGUGCGACCAGGCCAGCAGCGACGAGGCGGACAUCGCCAUGGAGACGCUGCCCGACGGCACCAAGAGGUCCAGGAGGCAGAUAAAAGGACCAAUCAAAUUCAUCCCGCAGGAGAUGUCGCCGGAGCCUAAGAAACAUCAGAGAACACGGGGGCAGAAGAGGAAGAGGCCGCCCAUGUGUGAGGACCGAGACGACAAGAUCGAGGAACCGGCGCCACGGGAGCGGCGGCAGCGGCAGUCCGCACUGCAGAAGAGGCAGCAGCAGCAGCAGCAGCCGCCCAAAGCAGAAGACACGCGCACAGAGUGCACCACGUGCCAGGGCCCGGGCGACAACGACAACCUCGUCAGGUGUGACGAGUGCCUGCUCUGCUACCACUUUGGCUGUCUGGACCCCCCCCUGAAGAAGUCCCCCAAGCAGACGGGCUACGGCUGGAUCUGCCAGGAGUGUGACAACUCCUCCUCCAGGGAGGAAGAGGAUGAGCGACCAGAGGAGGAGGAUGAGGAGCGAGAGGAAGAGGAGGCGGGCAUUGUGAAAGAGGAGAUGUCUGAGCACCCAAUUCCAAUCUGAGCCGUGGCAGAGGUGAAUCCUCGUGAGCACGACUAACUAGCGUGCUAACGCCAGAGUGUUUCCUUCCUCGAUGACGGCACAAACACUACUCAACUCUACUCUACACUACUCUAAUCUACGCUCCUCUACACUAUUCUCCUCUACUCUACUCUACUGCUGUCUCCCGGACAGUCAUGUUCCUGGAGAACCAGCAGUGUUUGGUUUCAUGUACAUCAGAAACAUAUGACAGACAUAGCCCAUAGAGAACAGUAUAUUUUAGAACAGAAUGAAUGUUAACGCCUUCUAGAAAUGGGGAGAGCAUGAUAUUUUUUUAA